CACCGCGGGUCCCGGUUACAAGGAACUGCAGUACUCGGGUCAUGGCACCCUGGACCCUCCUCCUGCUGCUCUUGGGGGUCCUGGUCCUGGCCAUGACCCAGACCCGGGCUGGCUCCCACUCCCUGAGGUAUUUCCGCACCGCCGUGUCCCGGCCCGGCCCCGGGGAGCCCCAGUACAUCCUCGUCGGCUACGUGGACGACACGCAGUUCGUGCGGUUCGACAGCUACGCCGCGAAUUCGAGGAUGGAGCCGCGGGCGCCGUGGAUGGAGCAGGAGGGGCCGGAGUAUUGGGACGAGCAGACACGGAUCGCCAAGGGCAACGCACAGAUUUCCCGAGUGAGCCUGCGGACCGCGCUCGGCUACUACAACCAGAGCGAUAACGGUGAGCGACGGCGGCCCGGGUCUCAUGUCACGGGUCCCCUCGUCCCCACGGACGAGUCACCCCGAGUCUCAGGGUCCGGAGUUCUCCCCAAGGCCACGGGACCCGCCCGUGAACACCGCGGAUAUUCGAUCCCGUUUCGAUUUCAGUUUAGAUCCAAACGGGCUCUGCCCAGUCCCGGCCGGUCUGUGGUGGUGGGGGCGGGGCUGACCGCGGGGGCGGGGCUAACCGCGGGGGCGGGGCCAGUGUCUCACACCUACCAGAGGAUGUAUGGCUGUGAAGUGGGGCCCGACGGGCGCCUCCUCCGCGGGUACAGUCAGUACGCCUAUGACGGCGCCGACUACAUCGCCCUGAACGAGGACCUGCGCACGUGGACGGCGGCGGACACGGCUGCUCAGAUCACCCAGCGCAAGUGGGAGAAGGCCCGGGCGGCCGAGAAUGUGAAGGCCUACCUGGAGGGCAAGUGUGUGGAGUCGCUCCGUCGGUACCUGGAGAACGGGAAGGAGAUGCUGCAGCGCACAGAUGCCCCAAAGACACAGGUGACUCACCACCCCAUCUCUGAACAUGAGGUCAAGCUGAGGUGCUGGGCCCUGGGCUUCUACCCGGCGGAGAUCACCCUGACCUGGCAGAGGGAUGGGGAGGACCAGACCCAGGACAUGGAGCUUGUGGAGACCAGGCCUGUGGGGGACGGGACCUUCCAGAAAUGGGCAGCUGUGGUGGUGCCCUCUGGAGAGGAGCAGAGAUAUACGUGUCAUGUGCAGCACGAGGGGCUGCCCAAGCCUCUCUCCCUGAGAUGGAAGUCCCAUUCUCAGUCCACUGUCCUCAUCAUGGGGAUCAUUGCUGCCCUGGUUCUCUUUGUCAUUGUGGCUGUGGUGGCUGGAGCUGUGAUCUGGAGGAAGAAGAGCUCAGGUGGAAACAGAGGGAACUAUGCUCUGGCUGCAAGCAGCGACAGUUCCCAGGGCUCUGAUGUGUCUUUCAUGGCUUCUAAAGUUGAGACCCUGGGGCCUGACAUGGGAGAGGGGUUGGGACAGAGGGCACACAACUUGGUUAUGGGGAUUCUUUGUAUUUGGACAUUUUGAGCAUGUGGUGGGCUAUUCAGUAUAUCAACACUUAACAGUGACUAACCCAAAUGUGUUCGCGAUUACUUUCUUCUAUAGCAUGAGACUGCUGCCUUGUGUGGCACUGAGUGAUACAAAAUUUGUUCACCACCACCACCCCCCACCCCUGGACUUUGUGACAUCAAGAAAGCCUGACUUCGUUUUCUGCAGCUGGUGUCUGAAUGUGUCUGUGUUCCUGUCAGCAUAAUAUGAGGACAUGGGGAGAAUAGCCCUGCCCCACCUACAAGGACCCCCUCCCCGCACUGAACUGUGUCCCUGGCCUGAUCCAUGUUCCUGUUCCAGGAGAGGCAGGACUGGGAAAUCUCCAUCCCUGUUGUAACUUCCUGUUGCUCUGAUCAGCAAUGUCUCACUUCCCUGUUGCAGAUGAGAAUCUGGAUAUUAAUUUGUUUUUUCAAAAUCUUGCUAUAAAGUGUGGUUGAUGGAAGAAAUAUGUGGUGAUCUGCUUCAUAAAGACUACAGCCUGGAAAACCUAUGGGGCAGUUCACAUGGGGUUGCUACGAGUCUAUCA